GUUGAUCUUUGUCUUCCUCCCCGCGAUCUUGAUUUGGUUGCUCGCGGGAACAAAGGCAGGAUAGGAUGGCCGCCGCAGCCGGACCUCUGCGGCAAGGCGUCUCCUUGCGCGUCGGCGGCGGGGACCGCGAGGCGCCGGCGGCGCCGGACUGGGCGUCGCUGCACGUCGACCUGACGCAGCUCAUCGCGGCGCGGGUGCUCGCCACGGGGGGUUUCGUAGACUACGUCCGCUUCCGCGCGGUCUGCCCCCACUGGCGCGCCGCCGCCGCCUCCCCGCGCGGCCGCGCCCUGCUGGACCCGCGCUUCCACCCGCGCCGCUGGAUGCUCUUCCCGGAGGGCUUCGGCCGGUUCCCGGGCCACCGCGCGGACGGCGGCCACGCCCGCUUCUUCGACCUCUCCGCCGCCGGCGCCUUCGUCCGCGUCCCCCUCCCGGAGCUCAAGAACCACUGCGUCCUCGACUCCCCCGACGGCCUCCUCCUCCUGCAGCGCGACGGGGACAGCGCCGUCCGCCUGCUCCACCCCUUCACCCGCGACGUCGCCGAGUUCCCAGACAUGAACUGCCUUGCCUAUCAGCUGCACCAACUGGAGUACGAGCUCACCGUCGGUCCCCUGUAUAAUUUCAAGAACUGGUUCUACAGUACCUCGCGAUACUUGCAUCAAGCCCGCAAGCUUUGUGCUGCCGUCAAUAUCACAGCCACGGGGGCCAUCACCGUGAUGCUAGCGCUUCAUAGCAUUGGGCGUGUGGCAUUUGCGACGGCUGGUGAUGCUGAAUGGACUAUCAGCAGCUGGAAGAUGAACCAACUGGACAGGGCGCUGCCGUACCAGGGAAAGCUAUAUGUGGUGACUUGGGAAGAUGGGCUGACACAUGUCUCGCUGAUCGAUCCGCCGCCACCAGUACCACGGUGCGAGGGAGAGGAAUUACCAUCUGUGUCAGCACUGCCUUCUCCAAAGACAAUUGUGACAUGUUCAAGCGACGAAAUCCACCUACCUUCAUUGGUUGAAUUGGACUCAGAGAUCCUGCUUGUUGGCUACAAUGACAGCUCCUUUUCACAUAUAUUGGUUCUCAAGCUUGCUGAUCUUGUGUUGGGUAGGACUAUGCCUGUGACAAGCAUCGAUAAUCAUGUCCUCUUUGCUGGUGCACGGAGCCUGUGUGUCUCAUCCAGUUGGCUGCCUUCCAUUGGUGGCUCCGUUGUAUGCUUCCAUGCUGGAGAGAACUAUCUUGCACAAUACAAUCUCAGUACUGGCACCUGGUCACCGGCCUGCGAUGCACAUCUCAUGCUUAGCCCUCCACCGCGUCCCUGUAGCCUCAUACAUCACAUGUAUACCUGUUGCGAUAGGCAAUUCUGGAACAAAGGUUUGAUGUUUUGCUUCAAGGCAGAACCUGAAUGGUGGGUGAUGCGGAGCUCGAGAUAUGGGGCCUGAAGACCCUUUUGCCGCCAAGAUGGUCCAUAUAACUUCAGUUGCAUCAAGCAGAACGAUAAUCCUUUUGGGCGCGUUUCUCCGGUGAAUCUACUGCUCUUUAUGCAGCUGCACCCCCCUGUUGUUGCUCUCUGAUGAACUCACAGCAAUGUCUCCUUAAUUGUAACCGUGAGGCUUGAGAUGUUUCUUAGUAAACCAGUGACCACUAAUAGGUGGCCAUCUGCUUAAUCUCCCAAGAUCUUUCGCAGUUCCUUUCUGUCCUUAAAGCAAAUGAUUUGUGGAGCUUCUGCUCUCUUGAUGAAGAUGAUGAUCACUGCGAAUGUUGCGGCUUUUCUUCU